AUGUCGUUGUGUCGAAGUCAGUUUUUCUUUGUGAAGAACACUUCUUUGCUUAGUGUGGGUCUCAAGGGAAGCUCAGGCAAGCAACUGUCGCGGCUCUUGUGCAAAAGUCAGCCUAAACCGAAGAUGAGUGUAUUGGGGUCAAGCUUGUUCAAGACGUCUCCUCCUUCCAUUGCAUCAAAGAUUUACGGUAUGAAGCACACUAAUAACCAAUCUCUGUUCAACCAAAAGAGACAAUUCAGCACGACAAAGGCCAUUUUUGAAGAGGCUAAAGUGGUCAAAAAAUCCAGAUGGCCUGCGAAUUCUAAUAUAAAGCUGGGAUACUUGUGUAUUGGAACUUCGGUUCUGGUUUUUGCAAUUGUUAUUCUUGGAGGACUUACUAGACUGACCGAAUCCGGCUUAUCCAUCACUGAAUGGAAGCCGGUGACAGGUGCCAUCCCUCCAAUGUCGCACGAGGACUGGGAAGAAGAGUUUCGCAAAUAUCAAGACUCUCCUGAAUUCAAAUUGCUGAACUCGCACAUUACGCUAGAGGAGUUCAAAUUCAUCUUCUUAAUGGAGUGGUCUCACCGGUUGUUAGGGAGAAUCAUCGGGGCGGUUUUUGUUCUUCCAACUCUCUAUUUCAUAGCCCGCAGACAAGUUUCACCGCCGGUUGCGUUUAAACUUCUGGGCAUUUGUGCUCUAAUCGGCCUUCAAGGUGCUAUAGGAUGGUGGAUGGUGUAUUCCGGAAUUGAUGAGAAACUUCUUGAGGAGCGCAGAUCUAAACCAACCGUCUCGCAAUACAGACUCACCGCCCAUUUAGCUGCUGCAUUUUUAGUGUAUUGCACUAUGAUCUCUACAGGGUUUGGAAUUUUGAGAGACCAUGCCAUCAUUAAAGACCCACAAACUUACCUUGAAAUUUUUCAAAAGAUUCAGUCACCGUCGCUCAAAUUGUUUCGCCGCCUGAGUAAAGGAUUGCUCGGUUUGGUGUUCUUAACAGCCAUGUCGGGAGCCAUGGUCGCCGGAUUGGAUGCAGGUCUGAUCUACAAUACAUUCCCUCACAUGGGGGACGACUACCUCCCAUCGAUGAAUGAGCUUAUGUCACCAGUGUUUUCGAGACUUGCUGACCAGUCUGAUUUGUUCUGGAGAAACAUGUUUGAAAACCCAGCUACAGUGCAAUUAAAUCACCGUAUACUCGCCAUCACUACUUUUUGCUCUGUGUUUGCUCUUCACAUGUACUCUCACAGAAUCAAAUCAAUUAUCCCAAGGCAUGCCUACAAAUGGCUCAACAUUUCAAUGGGCCUAGCUUCUCUACAAGUUGCAUUGGGAAUCUGUACGCUAUUAUGGUUAGUUCCAACCGAGCUCGCAGCAGCGCACCAAGGAGGUGCCUUGGCCCUUCUUACCGGUAUCCUGAUGACCGUGUGCCACUUGAAGAAGCCAUCUAGAACAAACCUAAUGUUGCUGAAGAACUCUUUCUAUAAGGCGAAGAUCAGCAGUGCUGUUCUGAGAUAA